GAGGAGCAGGGCUUUCUGGGCCUGGGACCACCCACCAUGGCUGUGUCCCCCACACCCCAACAACAGGAAUAUGGUAAUGACAGUGCUACGGAGGGAAGGGCAAAUGAGAGCUUCUUGGACAUCAGAAGGAUUUCAUUUUUAUCAUUGGAUGUACAUGUUCUCUCUGCUUGUUGCCUCCCUUGGGCUGCUGGGGAACGGCGUGGUCCUGUGGCUCCUGGGCUUCCGCAUCCGCAGGACCCCCUUCUCCGUCUACAUCCUCAACCUGGCGGGGGCCGACGCCCUCUUCCUCUGCUACUCCUUGCUGUUCAUGAUAAUAUUCAACCUCAGAUACCUAUUCUACACUGCGGGCCUGAGCCUCCUGGCCGCGAUCAGCACCGAGCGCUGUCUCUCCGCGCUCUUCCCCAUCUGGUACCGAUGUCGCUGCCCCAAGCACACGUCAGUCUUGGUCUGCGCCGGGCUCUGGGCUCUGGCCGGGAUGAUGCAAGUCACAGAGGCUGCCACUCUUCAUUAUGUGGAUCCUGGCGGUUUCUAUGUCAACUUCCUCAUUAUUUAUAUCCUGUGGCUCCUCCUCCUCACCUGCGUCCUGUGCGUGUCCAGCCUGACUCUGCUGCUGAGGGUCCAGUGCAGCUCCUGGCGCCGGCGGCCCCCCAGGCUCUACCUCCUGGUCAUGCUCACGGUCCUCGUGUUCCUACUCUGCGGCCUGCCCUGGGGGGUCGGGGAUUUCAUAAAUCAUCACUUCAGAAUAGAACUCAUGCCUUAUAGCCUCUCUCAGUCCCUGGCUUGUGUGAACAGCAGCGUGAACCCCUUCAUUUAUUUCUUCGUGGGCAAACGAGGGCAUAAAAGGAGGGAGCCCCUCAGGCUGGUCCUGCAGAGAGCUCUGGGGGAGGAGCAGGAGGUGGGAGGGGGGAUGAGGGACAUCCCCCAAAGCAAUACCCAGGAGACCUCAUCAUGAGGCUAAGAACAAG